CCUUCACUUUCUGACGGCCAGAGCCUGACGAGAAGAAUGCGAUCCAUCUGAUGCCAAAGCAGAGGCCAGCAGAAGACUAACUACCACCGCUUCGGGCACCGUCACUCACGGUCACCCUCACCCUCGACAACCUCACCUCCCUCUCUCUUCACUUUGCCGUUGCUCACUCACUUGUACCUUCUCCUCUCCCUACCCCCACCUUCUCACCCUCUGGGCCUUCCCUCCUCCUGGCCCUCGACUGCCUUCUGCCUUCUGGAUUGUUGAACCAGGUACCGAGUACCACCAGGACGGUCAUCAGCUGCCGCCUCCGCCUCCGCCUCCACCACCAACACCAUCCUUCCCUGACCAAAAAAUCAAGUAAGCAAAAAGUAAUGUAGCGUACGUACGUUGCCUGUUCGUAGCCGCUGCCGUCCACUACACACUACCACUACUACUACACUACCACUACCGAACCCUGAGCAAGACGAACUGGAGAGACUGCAGGUGCCUGGCUCAAGCGAGCGGAGGGGGAAAGGCGCAGAUAUGAUGUAGAUGUCUCGCUGGUGUGCCUGUCGGUGCCUGUCUCUGAUCGAAUGUCUCUGAUCUCCCAACUCCGCGUAUCUUGCCUCUGCCUCUACCUGCGACCGCCAGAUCCCAAAUCUCCCAAUUCUCCGUCACCUCUCGACCGCGUACCUGGCAGACUGACGUACCUCUCGACCGCGUACCUGGCAGACCGACGUACCUCUCGACCGCGUACCUGGCAGACUGACGUACCUCUCUUCUGGAUUUCCGUUUCCGUUUCCCAAUUGCUAAUUCGCCCUUCCCAGCAUUCUGGUCAUCAUCUCCCACUCCAACGGUCCAACCAUCCAAGCGGACGCGGACGCUUAAAAAUCCAUCGACCUCAUAAGCCAUAAGCCAGCCCCCUCAAAAGAAUAACGCCGAGGAAUCGAAUCAAAUUCCAUACGUUUCUGGUCCAUUCACCCAGACGAGGAGAGAAAAGGAUCAGGAAAACCAAAUAUUCACCAGAGCUGAAGUUUCGGUGCAAGUCUUGCCGAAACACCAAAAUCAUCAGACCGCAUAGAAAGUGAAAGUGCAGGCACCACCUACAAAAAAUACCUAUACCUAUACCUAUACCUAUACCUACUCCGUAUACCAGUGCCAGUACCAGUACCAGUACCACCCCCGAGGUCGCUCGUUUCCUUGGAUCGCUCCUUCCCUCUCUCGAUACCGCCACCACACGAGACCUCUGGCACGCAGAUUCAGAAUUAGGUUUCUGGAUGGAUCGUCCCUUGCUAUAGAAGGUACCUCGUCCGCAGCAGCUUGGAGCUGCUGCUGCUGCUGCUGCUCCCCCGCAACCACUUUGGCGCCGCUACGUGGUUGAAAGAUGGAGCCCGAACCGGAGCCCAGGAUCCUGCCCAAGGGCUUUGUGGUCAACUCCGAUCAGAUUGAGGGAAACAUUGAGCGCAUUGCAUCCGAGCCGGUGGGCGUGGAAGACAUCGCCAAAAUCUGGAAAGGUAGCUCCGCAAAACAAGCCCUCUUCGCCCUUUCUAGUCCCGAGGUCUAAUCUGAUUCUUGACAGUAUACACAACCACCAAACGGCGCUUACUCGAUCCCACGGCUGAGCGUCUAGAAAAUUACUGGUGGCGCAUAUGGGGCAGUCGACGCCGUCAUUUGGAUGGUGCUACCGUGGCACGCCUCUUUGCCAAUAUCUCCGGUGGCCAGAGCUUCGUUCCCCUUCGCGGUCCCCCAAAUCGUGAUGAAGGAGAUACCCCAGUGGUAUGAAUACUUGCAUGCUUUGCGCCCAGCUAAAUACUAAUACGUACUGAUUUGAUGGCUAUAUAGAAGAAAAACACCCCAUUGGCUCCAGAAUCAACAACUUCCACCGCUCCUCAAAGACCUAAUCCACGUCCAAUCAGGAACCAUACGAGCUCGUCUUCGAAUCUCUCCAGGCCACCAACGGUCAUGCCACAUCCGAUAUUGAAAAAGACCAGAGGUCCUUCAAGUAACGGUCCACGGCCUACCGCCAGAUUCGUCUCACCACAUGAGUCCGAACACGAGACCGAGCCAGCUUCAUCCAGUACAUCCAAUGCCCAUGUAGUGGUACAGCCUCCUUCACCCUUGGCUUCAGAGGAUACGAAGGCGGACAAGAAGUCAUCUGCAACGACUAGAAAGAAGCCGACGAAACCAACGUUUGUGGCCACAAGCGCUACGAAGAAGAAACGGCCGGUGAUGCCUCGGCGACAAAGCUCGCAAACGUCGCAGGUCUCACAGAUCUCCAACACAUCCUCGGCAACUGGGUCACCAGCUUCUUUGCAAUCUCCCGCUCAGAGAACACUUACAGAAUUAGGAGUAGCACGUGGCAAGAGGGCAGCACCUUCGAGAUUUCAGGAAAAUUUCUCGCCAACACUAAGGACGCCAGCUGCGAAGCCAGGAUCAAAGGCUAGGUCGAAGAGUAUUGAGAGGUCGACUAGUAGUGAGAGAUCGAAGAGCAAUGAGAGGACGAAAAGCAACGAGAGAUCGAAAAGCAAAGAGAGAAAGAAUGUUUCACCCAAGAAAUUGGUCCAGGAAGAACCGGAGCUUGAACUAGAAGGGGUUGGUCCGAAUGAAUUAAUAUCCGUCAUUCCCAGCAUAUCGACAUCAUCCUCGAUCAUCGGUCAGAGAUUACAGGAAGAGGCGCAGUCCAAUGGCUCAAAAGCGUCGCAAAGAGGCAGUCCCGAGAAACCCAGUCAACCAGGAUUAGUACGAAAACUGUCGGGUAUGGGCCGGAAAGAAGGUAGCAAAAGCUCAGCAAGCAUAGCACCAACAUUAACUGCAGUCACCACACAUGGAGACUCGACACAAGACGUGCGAUCUGAAAAUAUGAAUCCCUCUACAUCAGCAAAGGACAAAGGCAAGGGAAGAGCCAUUGGCGAAUAUCAACCAGAUAUCUUUGCGAAGAGACCGGAUCAGAACGUUGCUAGUCCUUCUACGUCAGAGUACUCGGCCUCUUUGGCGAGGAGCAAGAGUCAACUUACGCUCUUGCUGGAAAAGGACCAGAAGGAUCGGGCGAAGAAUGCGGGGCAUGGAAGUCCGAGUGGGAAGCGAAGGUCAUGA